GUCAAACAACUGUCAAAGAAGCAGGAUCGUUAUUUUCCCGCAGAACGCUUUAAAAUGAAUUGCUGUCUUAAAUGUUGCGGAAAAGAAAUAAAUAUAUCUGAUGAUUCGAGAGUCGAAGUAAAAACUGUUCUGCCAUCUCGUUUCAAUGGUGAAAACUUUCAUGUUCUUUGGAACAAAAACGAAGAGGCCAAAUUCCACUUGCCCUGUUGGAAUCAUCUCUUGAAUGUAAGGACAUCAGCCAAUCGGAAAAAUAGUACAAAGAAAAGACCUCACGAAACUCCAGACUCUAUAUCAAAACAAGAGAAGGCUCUGAUCAGGGAAGCCAGAAAGACGGCCGAAUUCUUCGAUUCUGGGGAACAAAUUAAAAAGGAGGCCAGUAGAGUAGCAGAAAUGCUCAAGUCAGCAAAACACUGCGUGGUUUUUACUGGAGCUGGAAUUUCCACUUCUGCUGGUAUUGGGGACUACAGGGGCAAAAGUGGCAAGUGGACAGAAAUGGAUCAUAACCAGGUGUCUGACAAAAUAAAUCAAAUGUUUGAUUCUCAGGGACCCUCCGCUAGUAAAAGGCCUUGUCUGCAGAACGAGUGUAGCGAUGAAGGCAAUGAAAAACUUACAGAAGAUGAAGAUGAGAUGGAUGAAGAUGGAGUUGAUUAUGAGAAGUUGCGACCAACAUUCACUCACGAGGCAUUGUGUCUUCUGAUGGACAAGAAGCUGAUAAAGCAUGUGGUCAGUCAGAAUGGGGAUGGUCUUCACGGUCUGUCAGGUAUUUCAAAGGAAAAUCUCUCCGAACUCCAUGGAAAUGUAUUUAUAGAAAAAUGUGAGAAAUGUGGCCACAGAUAUGAACGUUCUUUCUACGUGAUGGAUGACGAAGGCAGCCAGUACUAUGAAGAUUUAGAGGAUUUUGGAAAAUCUUCUGUGAAGAAACCAAAGCAUGCCAAACAGUGUGAGAGGUGUGGGUUAUCCCAUAGAACAGGAAGAAAGUGUGAACAAAAGGACUGCACAGGAUACCUUAUGGAUACAAUCAUUAACUUCAGGGACAACUUGGAGGAGGAGAUACUGACUAGAGCGUUUGACCAUGCUUACCAGUGUGACCUAAUGAUCUGUUUAGGCUCCACCCUCACUGUCACCCCAGCUAAUGAACUGGUGGAUGUCAUUGAAAAACCACACCCUAUUGUCAUAUGUAACAGACAGAAGACUGAUUAUGAUGACGACUGCCUAAGAAAAUGUCGAGGAGAACAACAGCCGAGGGGGGGUCGUGUUUAUGGGGAUUGUGACGAGUUUAUGAGAGAGGUGCUGAAGAACAUUAUAGGGGAGAGGAGCUUAAAAGUUUGGGAGGAGGACCGGCCAAAGAGAUUGAUUAACUAUGACAAAUGUCGAUCUAAGAAUAAUUAAGAGUUAACAUCACCAAGAACUUCAAUGAAAGGGGUGCAAUUCUGUCAUAAAAAUUCUUAAAUUGAGAUGAUAUUUGUAUAUCAGUAUACAUAUUAGCCAAAGUUCUGUGAUAUUUUAGAUAGAUUAUCAUGUUAACUCAUUCUUUUUUUUCACUGUAAAUAAUUAA